UCACUUUCCUCUGCAGCAUAGGCAGAAUUUGCCUUCUUGACUGUGGGAUUCACUGUUGUUCCCAUCCUCUCCAUCCACCAGGGCCUGCCUUCACCUGCAGCAGAACUACCCAACCCACCAAGGAUUGGAGACCCAUCAACUAUCCUCACCUGGUUUAGCCGGCCAGUUGAAGCCAUUGCUUGGAUCAUGGCCCCUGUUGCAUGCUAACAGUUUCUGCAAGCCACAGGUGGGAUGCUUCGGUUUGUUUGCUUAGAAGCCAUCAUCACCGCCCCCCUUCCUUUAAAAUGGUCCAAGGGUGGGUGAGUAUUCUUCAGAAUUUGGUCCUCGGACUACAGCACUCCAGACCAGCCACUCAGAAAGGGAGAAGCAGAGAGGAGAACCAGAAGAUGGGGCAAGUUGUCUACCUUGGGCUCUGCCUGUUGGGCUGCCUGAUCCUUAACCCUUUGGCGGAAGGUGCCGCCAGUCGCAGCCAGAGCGCUCGAGCUCACUGCCCACCAGGAGCCAUCUUCUACAGAAAGUACUGCUACGAGUAUUUUAGCUCUAGCCUCUCGUGGGAUGAUGCUGAGGUCAGCUGCCAGAGGAGACAUGGGUCCCAGUUGGCCUCCAUUCUUUCUGCAAGGGAAGCAAAUGUGAUUUACAGUUACCUGAGACGCUAUGGCUCUAGCAACGUAUGGAUCGGUCUGGUAGCUGACCGUGGUAGCUCGAAUAUGAUCUGGCAAUGGAGCGAUGGAUCUGUCUUCUCUCAACCCCUCUGGGACGGCCGGAGCAUCAGCACCUCCAUCUCUUCAUAUGAAUGUGCCUCACUUUCUUAUUCAGGUUCCCAGAAAUGGAUCCAGCGUUCCUGUACGAAUACCUUGCCAUACCUGUGCAAAUACAAGGCCACCUAUUAGGCUUGAAAUGCCACCUUGGGCCUGAGAGGAACACCCAAAGACCUCCAGCUUCCUGACAGGUCCAAGGCCCUUUUCCCAACUGCUCUGUUCACCUGCAGGAAAUCUAUUCCCUCCCCUCCUCUAUUGGCCUGGAGCAGAAAAAACAAGAGGCAUUUCCCAAAAUAAAUCCAGUUUGGACUCUUGAGUCCACUAAGACCUUGCCAAACCCAAAGCUUGAGGCUGUGAGCAAAAGUACAUCCCCACAAACUAGGAAAUUUGCCCCAUGAGAUGUGAAAUCUGUCUCACUUUUCUGCAAAGAGAUGAGAUGCUUUUGUGGACCGGUUAGCUGAGUAAACGAAGCUUUCCUUGUGCUUUGCAAAGUGAUGGAGCCAACUUUGGAACCCCUUUUCCCAGACCACAUCAUGGAAAUGCAAACCUUUGCAAGUGUCUGCUCUCUCUCUCUCUCUCUGGCCAGCUCCUGUCUUCCUCCGUAGUAACAAUAAACCUUCUUCUGUGCAUGCAAUUCUGCAAUCAUGUCCUCUGUAUUCUUGAAAUAGUUGUUUAC